UAUAAAUAAUACAAUAUUUUCCGUAGGAGUUGUUUGGAUUUAUGUAGGUUUAUUUAGUUUUUAAAACAUGUCACUUGGUAAUGCCGAUCCCUGGCACCUAAAAAACACUGUAGUUGAGCAAGGAAUAUCCGUGUCUCCGAAUAAUAGCGACAGUUUUGAGGACGACUUCACGCCCCCGCCCUCUGAAAACGAGAGCAACGUCCAAAAGGACGGGCAAAUCGAGCCCCUGCCGGAUUCCAGCGACUAUUUAAAGCUACUAGAGCGGAAGCUGGCCCGGGUGCAGAAGGGCAACAAGUUGUUGGACAACCUCCGGGACAAGCGGCAGGAUUGCAUGCGGGGAUUGCUGUCUUCGGAGGGAGUGCCCAUUUCCAUAUUCGAGCAGUUCCUCGAGCUAGACGCGCCCAUCGAAAGCGGUCGCCUUCAUCGCCACCUGCUGCCCGUUCAGGCCGUAAACGUGGGCGAAACUUUCCACAUAGUCGAGCACGACGCACUGCAGCAAUCGGCAGAGGAAGCACAGAAGGAGGAGGAGGAUCAGCCGCCGGCUGAACACUAA